AUGUAUGUGAAAUGGUUUGAUACAGUAAUGUUUUACUAUGUCAAAUUCAUUUCUAAGAAAAUUACAGUUUCAAAAAAUUUUUAAAUUUGCUGCCGUUCCGGCCCCCGUACGUCCCGACUCUCGCAGGGACCGGAACACAGAAGCCGCAUACCGGCAUCGGCCGGAGGAGAUGGCCGGACGCGGCAGGGGACGCGUUGCGGGAGCGAAGGACAAGGUAAGCACUGCAGGGAUCCCAGAGCAACGCCGCAUGGUAAGUGUAGCUCGGGGUUACCGCUUUUGCUACACUCGGGAAUACCGCCAGGGAGGUUAAAGCUAA